UCAGAGGUCUCUGAGAUCAGCACUGAAACCACAAAGCCCUACUACACCCCUGCACGGUGGCACAGUGCUGUGCCCAGCCUGGUGCCAGCUGUUGUCUGGGGUGCCCUCUGGUGCUCCACCAGCACUGUGGGUCCAGAGGGCAGUGCUACCAGCCCAGGGCUGGAAAGGAACAAGGGUACGAUGGGGGCAUCCCCCAGAGCUGCUCGAACAUCCCAAGGAUCCCCAUGGAGUGGUUUAGGGGCACAGAGCAUGGUGGGACUUCACUCUCUACUCUGUGCACACUGUGCAAUGAAAGUGUCAGCCCACACAGGACAACACUGCAUGCCCCAGAGCUCCCCUCCCUGUCUCUCCUUCAAUUUCCCCCCCCUUUACCCUGCCAGGGCUGUGGGGGAAGGUGAUGCCCAGACAGUGAUGCCAGUGAUGAUACAGCCAGGUGGGAAGAUGCAUGAGAACGGUGGUAUGGAUGGACCUGGGCACGGGAACAGCUCUGUGCAUACACAUACCAGCUUUCCCUUUUGGCCUCAACUGUCAUGCCUGGAAGCAGAGAGGAGCUGCUGGUGCCACUUUAGCUAACAGUUUCAAGAUGAGUCAGUGUGAGCCAAAAUCAGGCUGGCAUCCUGUUUUCAACCCAACUGCAGGGUGGCACGCUGGGGUGACUGAGGGCUGGGCUACACCCAUCUCAGCACAGGCACAGACCCAGUGUGCACACCUGGGCUCCUUCCCAGUGCUGGCCAGGAGGGCAUCGGCCCCAGCCUAACCAGGGCCUGAGUGGUCCUGCUGGCAAUGCCAGGCUGAGAUGCUGGGCUCCUUUGUGCCCCUCUCAGCUCUGCAAUGGGCUGAAGCAAACACAAAUGCUGCAGCAGGUUUCAGUCCAAGUUGAAGGAGCAUCUUGCUGUUUUCUCAGACCAGGCUGAGUGUGUAUCCCUGCUGUCACUUCCCCAGUGUCACCCUAUGCCCCCUCCCUGUCCCCUGCUGUGGGGUGCGGGUAGAAGGCAUGCAAACGGUGGGAGAGCUGGAGACUGCAGACUAUAGGCAUGGAGCUCAUCCCUGUCUGCUUGUGAGGGCACCCCUGGUGCAAGGACAUGGGGACACUGUGCAAACCCCAAACCAGGGGCAGGUACAAGGGAAAGUUGUAGCUAAUUGUGGGUCUGGCUAGCAGCAGGGAUGGAAAAGGUGCUCAACAGAAGGGAGGUAUUCUUUGUUCUUAGUGUCAAAGCUGACUCAUCAGAAACCACUUCGCAGAAUGAAACCCUACAAAGGGUCAAAUGACUCUUCUGUAAAGAUCCCACAGAGCCACAGCCAUGCCAAGAAGCCAAGGGGAAGCGGGAGGGUGGUUGGCAGGACACCCAGGCACAGGGAGCUAUGAGCAUCUGCCAGGCUGCCAGCAUGUUGCACGGGGCAGCAUGAUCCCAUCUGGCACAGGCACACAUCUGGCCAUGGGCAUGCAGCCAUCCAAGGUUGACACUGCCACCCGUUCUGCAUAGGGGAAGUGCUCAGAGAGUUCUGAUACCAGGAAGGAUCCUGCUGAGAGGCAGUUGCACAGCAAAACCGCAUAAAAGAGGAAGUCCUCGGGUACUUCAGGCCAGAGCCAGCAGCUGCCCGUGGCACCCAGACAGCCGUCACCUUCCCUGGCUGCACCGUGCCGUGCUGUGCCACGGUCCCUUCCACGGUAAGUCUGCAGGCUGAGCCCAUGCGCCAGCACUGCCACACACCAGGGCUGGGGCAGAGCAGUGCAUCGGCUCCUGGCACUGCCAGCCUGGCCGCAGCCCCCCAGAGCGUCCCUCCAAAGCAGGGCAGUGUCUCCUCUGCGGGGACAGGCUGGUGGGGGGCCAUGCCCUGCACGCAGUGUGGGGAGCAUGCAGAGCUUUCCCAGCCCUCCCAUGCGGAUGAUGAUUUUUUUCUGAAGCCUAAACUUAGCUCAUGUAUUUUAGCAUGACAGACCGAGCAGGCCAAAGCAGGGAAGGGAUUUUCAAAAGCAAAGCUGCUGCAGCUCAGCUGAGAAAGUGGAGCAACCUCUUCCAUAGCCCUUUGAAAUUAGAGGGGCCAGCACCCCUGGCUAGCAGCAGGUAGGAGGCAUCCAGUGGGCUUUGGGGGGUUCCCCAGAAAGGAAACGGACUUUGUGCUGAAUGCAGUGGGCAGCCUGCAGGCUCUGAGCCCUGCCAGGAAUGUGGCUGCAGCACAAGCAGAAGUACAGGCUGCCGAAAGGAAUGGGAGGAGAACUGGGGAACUGUGCUCUGCAGCCUGCCUCAUGGCUCUGCCACCCAGUAUCAACCUAACAUGGCAAAAACAGGCAGUCCGGCUGUACAGCGCCUGGGACUGACACUCGUGGGGGUUUUGAGCAUUCCCCUCACAGCCCCGCAGCCACCCCUGCCGUGUGCCUGUGAGCUGAGCUCUGCUCGCUGCAGCCCUAUGGAGCUGAAGGGCCCUCUGCCUGCAGCCCCUGCUGCCCUGCUUGCUGGGGACCUGGGACACACUGGAAAUAAAGGAUGGGCAUUGAGGUGCCCACGGCAAGUUCCCAGCCUGGAUGACUUGGGGUCUGGGGAGACACCCUGAGGCCAGCAAGAGCACUGCCCUUGCUGCAUGAGGGUAUGGGAUGAGGGGGACAAGUUUUGAACAGGACACUGCACUCUGGCCUUGAGUUUUGGGACUUGCCAGUUGCUCCCAGGAACAUCUUGAGGGCAUCUUUUGUGCUCACAGCUGGGGCCUUGCCAUUAGGGUAUGGGCAUUUCCUGCAGCUCCCUGCCCCCAGCAGUGGGGCAGGACCCAGAGCACCCCCUCACCUCUGGUGAAUAUCUCCAUCCUGCAGCCCCCAGGAAGAACACCACAUUCCUCUUGGGCUCUGCUGCAGCAAACCUGGCUGCAUCCCAAUCUCAACUCCCCCCAGGCAAAACGAGAAGUGUGGAGAGGGACUGUGGCCAUUUACCAGAUGGGGAAACUGCAGCAGGAGGCAAGUGGCAAGGCAAGCAUGCCUUGUGUGUGUCACUGAGAGUGGUGCACAUCAGCUGUGACCAGAGAACAGGUGGCUGCUGCUCUGUGUGCCCUUCGGCAGCAUCACUGUUUGCUCCAGAGAUGGGGGCACUGGAUGGGCAUGUGGGGGUGAUGUGACAGUGCUGGGGGUGAUGGGGACAGGAUGGCUCCUGCCUCUUCAUGCCCUGCCAGGUAGCCUUGGGCACAGCCUUUUCAUCUUUUGCACGUGGGACUUUUCCCUGGUGCAGGUGCUGUGGGCACACAGGGGUCAGUGUCACGGGGUUCCCAAUGCUCUCUGCUAUGCUUGAACCCCAUAGAAUUUGGGUGGAGGAAGCACAGAGAAGUCCUCCUUCAACCUCACCAACCCCAUGUCUCCCCUCUGCACUGUGCCCCCCAGCUGGGUGGUUGAGCUGACGGCCCUCAUGGGCCUCUUCUCUGUCCAGGGAGCUGCCAGCAGACCCCAGGCACCAUGUCCAGGGCACUGCUGCUGCUGCGGUGGUUGUGGGGCCGGCCCAGUGUGAAGGCAGCAGUAACUGCAGGGCUGUUGGUCACCAUGCUCUGGAACCUGAAGUGCUUCAUCCGCUCAUCCAACAGCUCUGAUGAAGCCCUCAAGCACACGAAAGCACUGACGGUCCUGGUGUGGGAAUGGCCCUCGAGGCAGGUCCCAGACUUCAGCGCGGAUGUCUGUCAUGAGCAGUACGGCAUUGCGGGCUGCCGGCUCAGCACGGAGCGGCGACUCCUGAGCCAGGCUGACGUGGUGGUGUUCCUUCACACCACCCUCCCUCAGGGCCGGGACAAGCUGCCCCGGGACAGACCGCGUGGGCAGGGCUGGGUCUGGGUGUCGCUGGAGUCCCCCACCAACACGAGAGCGUUAGCAGGAUGGAACCAGACCUUCAACUGGGUGAUGACCUACAGACGGGACUCGGACAUCUUCAUGCCCUAUGGCAAGCUGGUGUCCAACCGGUCAGCCACUGUGAGCAUCCCCACAAAGACCAACUUGGUGUCCUGGGUUAUCAGCAACUAUCACAGGACUCAGAAAAGAGCUGAAGUCUAUAAGAACCUGUCCAGGUAUCUCCAUGUGAACAUCUAUGGGAAAGCAGCCAAGAAGCCGCUUUGCAAGAACUGCCUUUUGCCCACGACGUCCAAAUCCAAGUUCUACCUGGCCUUUGAGAACUCUAUCCACCAGGACUACAUCACUGAGAAGCUCUGGAGGAACUCUCUGCUGGCCGGCACUGUGCCGGUGGUGCUGGGCCCCCCCCGGGCCAACUAUGAGCAGUUCAUCCCUGCAGACUCAUUCAUUCACGUCGAUGACUUCCAUUCCCUGGAGGAUUUGGCCACCUUCCUGAAGACCAUGAACUCCAGUCGCUACCGGCAGUUCUUUGCAUGGCAGAAGAGGUACAGCGUGAAGCUCUAUGCAGACUGGAGGGAGCGCAUCUGCACCAUCUGUGCCGUGUACCCCCACCUGUCCCAGGGCCGCCUCUAUGCUGACCUGCAGAGCUGGUUCAACAACUAGUGCAGGGCUGGCACUGCCAGAGACAUCAGGGGUGCAUUAGGGUGGCAGAGAGUGGUCCUUGAGGACAGGAUGUCAGGCAGGGAGGAUGUGGGACCUCAUCCUGGCCCUGCCAUUGCCACACUGUGACCUUGAGCAAUGCUAUGUGACAGAACUUCCUGCAAACCACAACCAACCCAUACUGACCUCCCUCACCAUGCAACCACAGGGUGCUUUGGAAAUAAACAGCACAGGUUUCCUGAGGCUUUGCUCAUCUCUCCGGGCCUGGGCAGGGCUGAGGGCAGACAGGGGCACUAGGAACCCUCAGGCAGGGCUCUCCAGCCUCCCUUUCCCCCUAUGCCCUACAAUUGCUCUCUGCUCCCCCCACUAUCUGAGCAAUGACUCCACAGUGGCAGAGGCUCCCUCCGCAGCGGCAUUUCUAGCUUGAUGGGGGAGCCAACCCCUCCUGUAGCUUGAGGUGAGAAGCCACAUCCUGCUGGGGGCCCAGCACCCUGCAGCCAAGGAGGGGACCUUGUUACUGUGCCCCAAAUUCUGCACUAGCGCAGCCUUGCAGCACCCAUUUCUCCCACCCUGCUCUCACCACAGGUGUCACGGUGCCAGCAGGACGUCGGAUGCUCUUGAGAGCAAUCACAGCCUGCUCAGUGCAAGGUGACUCAGAGCAGAAUGGCUGUGGUUUCUCAUUCCGCUGCCAGCAUGCUGUGACAGGAAGCUGCUGAGAUGGGUUGUCCUGAGCUGUACAGCGAGCUGAGAGCAAACCCUGCCCUGCUGGCACCCUUGGCACCAACACCCUGCGCCCAGCACCCUUGGCACCGCCAGCCCCCUGCACACCGUGCACCCUGAGCACCCUGCAUUGCGCACACUCUGUAUCACACACACCCUGCACCACAGACACUCUGCAUCACCUACACCAUCUGCUGUGCACACCCAGCACCCAGCCCGCUUGGCACUGCCUGCUCCUGUGCCUGCUCUGUGAGCACCCUGCACGAUGGGCAGCCCCCACACACAUCGAGAAGCACCUGUCUGGGUCCAGCAGCAGAUGCUGAGGCCAGGUGAUGGCGUGACAGGGCUGGGAUAAUGCUGCUCUGUCCCUGCCUUGCUCUGCAUAUCCCCUGGCCCUCACCGUGCAUCCCCUCAGUUCUUUACCCACAAGGGUGAGCCAACAGGGUGCUGCCCUGUGGGGCUGUCAUGCAGCCUGGGCUUCCAUUUCUCCCCUUUUCAGGAUCACCAGGUGCCCCAAGCAGCAGCCUGCACCAACUGUGCUGCACAGCACAAAGGAGCAAGGGUAUAGACCAGCUACAAAGGCAAAGAGCAUCGUUUACCACCAACUGAACUAAAUAAGGGGCUUUUCAGAGAAGGUUUCACCGGAGCUCUGG